AUGCCCGAAGGCGUGGGUGAUGGCUUACCGUUUGGAAGAAGCCGUCAGCGGGCGUACGGUGAUAUCACGCGUGCGCUCACGCGUCCCCCCCGUGAAGACCUGAGCGCCGCGGCGAGCCACACCGAGAAUCGCAACCACGACCGCGCGGACCGGCGCUCCGUGGGAGGCGAGAUCGAUCUCUUGAGGCGGGAAAUCACGCGUGUACAGAAAGCCUUGACUGAUUUGAAGGCGAAGAGAAUCGAAAAUAAAUCGCCAAACGCUCUUCCGGAGCGUAAGCGAUGGAGCGUCAUGGAUCGCUGCAGGCCAACGAGGAAGUGCGACGAAAAGGACGAGAGACAUUCGUUGAAACCUUCGCUCGUUCGCGACAUGAGUGCUCGACAGCUCAUCCUGCGGAAACCACCCGAGCCUGCAACGCGUGGAAUGGCUAUCAUGCUGUUGCGACGGCUAGACGACGUCUUGCCAGAGGGCGCCAUCGAGAACAAGUGCGCCGAGCUGAGCAAGAUGGGCGGUUUGGGAACGGUGAGUGGAGCGCUCGCGCGGUACGCAAGCUUGCACAUCGACACGUUUAGCGACGACUUUGAGAUAAUCGAUACCGCGUUCCGAGAGAGUGCUCGGCAAGUGAGCGCUGGGUGUAGAGAUCGAGGCGAGUUGUUGGAUGCGAUCCGCGAACGCUACGGAGAGCUCUUCUCCACGAUGCGCAACGUGUGUGACCGGUGGCAGCGACGAAACGAGUCUCUCGUCAUCGAGCUUGACGAACUUCAAGGCGCGCUGGAGACGAAAGAGAACGAGCAACUCGCGCUCACAGAGCGCGUUGCGAGAUGUAAAUUCGAAGCCGAUUCUGCAAGACGACGGCAGCAAGUUGAUAACGAGCGGGCAGAUUUAAUGACUAAACGGUCGCGUGCGAGGGAAAACGAAUUAAUGAUGAUGCAGAAAAUUGACCGUGCCGAGAUUCAUCGAUUGCAUGAGCGCCUAAAACUGAUGGAGACUCAAUCAAGGCGUGAUCUUGAAUUCGCGGUGAUGUCGAUGGAGCAGUCGCUCUACGACGCUCUCAACGACAGAGACAAUCUCUCGAAGCGCGUAAGGUUUUUGGACAAUCAGCUGCUCCAGACGCGCAUGAUGCUUCCGGAUAAAUCGUGUUACUCCACUACAGAGACCCAAACCUUGGAACGCAUGGAUGGCCAGUCGACGUACAAGGGUGAAGCAGCAGCAACCGCGGGCGUAUCGGCUGAGGUGCAAACCGACCACGUAGUGAUCUCGAAGCGUCGACGCAAAGAAAAAGCUUCGAGGAGUGGAAUGGAUGGUAAAGAUACGAGGUUGCACGCCCCAGAUCUCGGCACGGACGCGGAUCAAUGGAAGCGCGAGAUUCUCGGCGGUUUCGCCACUCUCAUAACUUCGCAAAAGAUUGGUCGGCGGAAACCACGCGCUUGGGUACUCAAAUGUAUCGCGCACAUAUACACCGAUAAGCUCACGCUCGACUCGACAGCGCAGAUAAAUGGCGACGACGGCGCGAUGUGUGACGCCUCAGCGCAGCCACUCACGAAUUUCGUGUACGAUUGGCAUCUGCACAAGUUUGGGUUGAAGCAACUCGCCGAAACGAAUUUGCACGACUUGAUUGCUUCGACGUCGCAUCACGCGGAGGAGUGCGGACUGAUUUCCCAGUUCGGCGCGUUUUGUGGUUUCGGCGCACAUCGAGCGCAUCGAGCACCGGUCUUGACGGAUUCGCCGACGGUGACGUUUUAUUUACGUCUGCUCGAAGCGCUCGCGAGCGAAACCAACCUUGGCCAACUAUUUAUGGAGUUCGGCCUCGGGAACGAUUCGAAGAUCGACAUCACGCCGACUAUGACAGGUACGCUCGCACUUACACGCGCUCUAGAUGCCAUCAAGCGCGUGUUUACGGAGUACAAAGACGACGCCUCGGCGCUGAAAGAUUUUGUUGGUAAACAACUCGGGAUCAAGCAUGCGACGAACUCGACGACGGUCAAGUUUGCCAGUUUAAUGCGGGGGGCGAUGGACGAGUACACAUCUCGCCGACUCGCGAGUUUGGAAACAUUGAAAGCUUUAUUUCUUGCCGCUGAUUGCGAUGACGAUGGCGCUUUGGUGCGAGACGAAUUCGCCGCUGCGCUUCGAUUGUGCGACUACAAAGUCACCGAACAGUUCGCGGCGAGGGCGUUCGAAUCCUGCGCGACACGACGCGGCGAUAAACCUUCAGAGCUAUUCGUCGGCGUUGACGCAUUUAUCAAGUCGUGUCUCAUGAACGGGAUGGAGACCUUUCGCGUGAUCCCCGAACGUCCGCCGGGCGAAACCGCGGCGACGACGAAAAUGACGGCGUCGGCGACAUCUUCUCACAAAAAUCAAGGCUCAUCCUCCCCGACGGCACCAUCGCUCUCCAUGUCAUCGAACGCGUGGAUGGCCCUCGUCGACCAGCACGUCGCCUCUCCCGAAGGCGCGGUCGCCAAACUCCGCGCCCUUCCGCCCGGCGUCUCCCUGGAUCGAUGUCGACGCCAACUCCGCCGUCUCGACCAACUCCGCGCCGCGCGCACCGACGGCCAAGCCGCCUACCUCGCCCUCAAGCUCCUCACCAACGACGUCCGAACCGCCACCGUCCGCGCCAAGGGCGGUUUCAAGCGUCUCGGCGCCACCGUCCUCCACCAAGUCUCCUUCUCCAUGCGCGCCGCGCGCGUCGAAUCCGAUCCCACCGUCGUCGCCUCCGCCUCGCCCGAUCACCCUCGCGACGACGAUUUCGACCCGUUAGCGACGUCCUAA